GACCGCGAUCCAAACGUUUGCCAAAACGCGGGGGAAAUCGAAGGUCGAGUGCGGGUUCCGCCCAAUGAAUCAUCUUUCAUUAUAAAUGAUUGAGAGCAGCUGUCGAACUCGGGAAGAAUUGCCAACCUAUGAACAAGUUUCAAUCCCUUGCCACGCUUGCCCAUCGCCAACAUGUUUGUCGCCGAACUGGUCCACGGUCUAUCACACGAGGCAACCCAACAUCCAAUCGCGUUUCUCUCCAAGUUCCUUGUCGUUUCUGCUCUAGUUUACUUCAUUGCGAACGAGGUAGUCCGCUCGAAGGCUCGUCUGUCCGGUUGGCACGGUCCUCAGGGACUUCCCCUCAUCGGCAACUUACAUCAACUGGGAGGGAAUGCCUCUCAGAAGUACCGGGAAUGGGCGAAAGAGUAUGGUCCGGUAUACCAGGUUCAACUAGGUAAUUUGCCAGUCUUGGUUGUCAACACCGCUGCUGCCGCCAAGGUCAUGUUCGGGAACAACUCGCAAGCGACUGCGUCUCGCCCUGAGUUGUACACUUUCCACAAGAUCGUUGCAAAUACUGCCGGAACAACCAUAGGCACGUCCCCGUACAAUGAGUCUCUCAAGAGACGGAGAAAGGGUGCAGCGUCUGCCCUCAACCGACCCUCCAUUGAGACGUACAUCCCUCAUCUGGACCUGGAGACGAGAGACUUCCUCAAAGAGGCACUCACCUACGGCAAGGUAGGAAUGGUCGCAGUAGAUCCCUUGCCCCUCGUCCAGAGACUCAGUCUUUCCCUGGCAGUCACGCUCAACUGGGGCAUGCGAUUCCCCAGCCACGACGACGGACUCUUCAAGGAGAUCACCACGGUCGAAGGUGAGAUCAGCCGCACCAGAAGCGUCACCGACAACAUGCAGGAUUACAUUCCCCUGUUGAGGCUCAACCCUUUCUCGGCCGGAAAACGCCACGCGGUGGAAAUGAGAUCCCGGCGGGACAGGUACCUGUCCAAGCUGAACGGCGACCUCGAGGAGAAGAUCCGGAACGGGACGCACGAGCCCUGCAUCCAGGCCAACGUCAUGCUCGACGAGGAGGCGAAGCUCAACAAGGUCGAGCUGACCUCCAUCAGCCUGACGAUGCUCUCGGCCGGGUUCGAGACGUUUACCGCAGUGUCGACGUGGGGCAUUGGGUUCCUGGCUACGCAUCCCGAGAUCCAGCGGAAAGCUUUCGACGCCAUUCGGGAGGCCUACGAUGAGUCGAACCCUCUGUGCGACGCGCACGACGACCAGACCAUCCCCUAUGUCCGCGCCCUAGUGCGAGAGUGCUUGAGAUACUUUACCGUCCUCCGGCUUUCGCUGCCUCGAGCAACAAACAAAGAGUUUGUGUACGAGGGGAAGUUUAUCCCCAAGGGCACAGUCGUCUUUCUCAACUCUUGGGCUUGUAACAUGGACAACGAGCUGUGGCACGAUCCCGAGGUCUUCCGCCCCGAGCGCUGGCUGGAGAACCCCGAGGCCCCCAUGUUCACCUACGGGAUGGGCUACCGCAUGUGUGCCGGGACGAUGCUGGCCAACCGCGAGCUGUACAUCACGUUCCUCCGUAUGCUGGCCAGCUUCGAGCUGUCUUCGGCCACCAAGAUCGACUCGGACCCCGUGACUGGAGCUGCCGACUUGACGAACUUGAUCAUCACGCCCGGGCAUUACAAGGUCACCUUCACCCCGCGUAAUGAGGUAGCGCUGAGGAAAUCGUUGGAAACCGAGGUUGAGCACUGAUUUUCUGGGAUCGCGCCGAGAUGUUCAUGUAGGAAGCCGGACGGAGUUGGGGAGUUGGUUGUGGCAAUGGGAUGCAAAAUGCAAGGCAAUGAGUUAUGUGUAAAAGGGUACUGAGUGUGGUUGGCCCCAGUCGUAGCGAGGGAUGAUGGGCUAGAUCGUAACGUCGGACCACCCAAUAUUGAC